AUGAGAAUGAUUAACAAUGUAACUGAAUUCAUCCUACUGGGACUGACCCAGAAUCCAGAUAUGCAGAAAUUCCUACUAGCCAUGAUUUUAGUCUCAUACUUGAUUACACUGGCAGGUAACCUGCUCAUCUUGGUCACCAUCUUCAUCAGCCCAGCCCUGAGUUCACCCAUGUAUUUUUUUCUGUCCUAUUUAUCUAUGCUAGAUGGUUUCUAUGCUUCUGUCAUGGCACCCAAAAUGAUCUUUGACUUGGUGUCUAAGAAGAAUACCAUAUCUUUCAAUGGCUGCAUGACUCAGGUCUUUGCUGAACAUUUCAUUGGUGGAUUCGAGAUUGUCUUGCUAAUUGUCAUGGCGUAUGACCGCUAUGUAGCCAUCUGUAAGCCAUUGCACUACAUGACCAUUAUGAGCCGACCUGUUUGUGCUUUUCUGGUGGUAAUGGCUGGGAUUUUGGGGUUUCUUCAUGGAGGGAUCCAGAUCUUGCUGUUGGUCCAGUUACCAUUCUGCGGUCCUAAUGUCAUUGACCAUUUCCUGUGUGAUUUAAUGCCUCUGCUGGAACUCGCCUGCGUGGACACUCACGUUCUGGGGCCACUAAUAACUGCCAACAGUGGGUCCAUGUGUUUGCUCACGUUUUCUAUGCUGGUUGGAUCCUAUUUCUUCAUCCUGCGCUCCCUGAGGAACCACAGCGCCGAAGGGCGCCGCAAAGCUCUGUCCACUUGUGCCUCUCACGUCACUGUUGUCAUUUUGUUCUUUGUACCUUGUACAUAUCUGUACCUAAGGCCCAUGACCUCCUUCUCCACUGACAAAGCUGUGACUGUGUUUUGCACCUUAGUGACUCCUAUGUUAAACCCUUUAAUCUAUACCCUCAGGAAUAAAGAAGUGAAAAAAGUUGUGAAGAAACUCUGGGGGCAAAUAACAAAAACUGGGCGUGAAUAG